CCGCGUAAUCCGCUCCGUCCAUCCGACGGCGACGACGUCUCUCUCGUGAGAGUGGCGAGAGAGGCCGAGUCCUUUCUCUGUCUUACCCUCCAGGAGCGCCUGUCUCCCCCUCCUCCUUAUCUCUCUUCUGCCUCUUGUUUCGCACUGCGCUCGUACCAGCGAAGGAUCCUACCUUGCAGUACGUGUUUAUCCAGGGUACAAGACGGCAGAAGAAGAGCGGAGCGGACGAGUGGCGUAGGAAGAGGCCCGGAGUUGUGUCAAGCGCGAGCGCGGUGCGGAGCGGAUAUACUUACGAGAGCUAGGGAGCCGGAGUGCGCGAGAAAGGGCACCUGCGGAAAAGAAAAGGGAGGAGUUUCGCGGAACGCGCUCCGUAAUCAUCGCCGAGGUCGCUACACCGGCGAGUCUGACAGCAAGGUCGACCGCAAAAUAGUCUCAACUGCUAAACGUCCUUGAUCCCUUAACGAAGAAGGGAAGAAGGGAACAAAGGGAGAGGGAAAGAGAGAGAGAGAGAAAGAGAGGAGGCAGACGCGAAGGAGCAGAAAAGGGGAAAAAGGGACUGACUAGAGCGUCUCGCGCGAGGGAAUCGAGCACCGAGGGAUCGCCAGAUACUCUCGCCGAACGUCCGACGUUUUUUUUUUUCUUUUUAUCGCGAGUUCGCUGACUGUCGGCGUCGUGGUGGUGCCGAGCAGCUAAUCAUCGAGUUAUUGCACCGGAGUUAUUGACGGGGAUCGCGUCUCCUCUCGACGGGAUUAAAUGACAUUUCCAGGGAGUCUACCUUCGCUUGCAAAGUAUAAUUCGCGAAUGUAUGCAAAAGGGAAGGAAAGAGAAAAAAAUUAGACACACCGGGCUUAAUAUUCGUGAUUAUCGUCAUUGAGAUACAGAGAUCUUCAAAGAACUAAUCGCGCGAUCAGCCCCAAGAUUUAAGAACGAUACGAGGCAUUGGUGGUAACUGGGCAACGUAAAACCGGUUACCGAUAUGUAACAACAACCAGCAAAAAAUUGAAAGAGAAUCGAGAAUUAUCAUGUUGUCGCAGCGAUUGCGCUGGCUACUGCCGGCAUUAAUCGUGUCUUGGAUGAGCUUGCAAUUAGGUGCUGCUUUGCCGGCUCACGACGAACGUUCGCACGUGUCUGCGAAUACGUUUGAUCCUAGCUCGGCCACUUCAACAAUUACCCGUCAGGACCACGAUGGACGAGCGCAUCAUCCUCCGAAUGGCAAAAACGAGACGCAGUCCAGCCACAAACUGGUCGCUUCUCCGGCCGGACUUUUGCGGCCCGACAAGUUUCAGUUUUAUACUUACGACGACAAGGGCGAUAUGAUUACGCGGCAGAUGACCGCUCAGGAAAUUCAAGGUCUCAUCGCGGCAGGUGGGGCGGAUCACGUCGCGAUGGACAGGCAGGAGCCUCAAAAAGCCGAUGAUGUUCUGACGGGCGGCAAAAAGGUCAUGGAUGUGGUACAGAAGGUACAGAACGUGUUGAAGAGCGCACUCGAUAAGCCACCGACCUUAACGGGUACGAUACCGAAGAUUCCCGAACACGCGAACGUCGAGUGGAGCAACAUUCUACCUUCGAUUCUAUCUGGCGAGACAGACGCGAUCUCCCCGAACAGCGAAUCCAGUCAAUUGUCGCAUAAGACUACGACGGAGAAGAUAGAAGCUGAAUCGAAGCAUCCGACGAAGAAGCCAGCGACGUCGGACGUUCAGACGAACGCAUACGCUGGUUUUACCAAUAACAUGCAAGGGAAACCUCAUCAUGGUUAUCACUCGCAACAAAUGGCAGCGACCGAGAAACCGAUGAUACCGGUUCCAGUUAUCACCCUGACGGAACAAAAAUUGUCCACGUUGCAAUCCGCCGUCACCGAGAGCCCCGUCUUCCAGAUAAUCAGCGUGAUUCCGGUCGAGAGCGUCGGGAUUAAGGGUGCAGAUCAGACCGAUCCGUCUACGGCUGAUACCAGUGCCGCGAGUUCGGCGACUACCCAUCAGCUCCUGUCUGCUCAUACCGAGGGAAGUCAAACGGAGCAGUAUGUCGAAUUGGCUUUGUCGGAAGUGCCCGAAGACACGACAUUCCCGCAGCUGACGAGUUUAGAUAUGUAUCCCGUAAGUAUCACGAAGCAGACGACUACGAGUAACAAAAUAGACCAAGGAACAAAAGCAUCGGCGAUCUACUCGAUGACCACGCCGGGCGUAUCGACGCACUCCUCCAUGGUCACGAAGCAGACCGUAACGCACGGCGGGUCCAGCGAAUUGACGAGCGCGACCGACAAGAUCUCUCCCUCGAACGCGAGUUACGUUCUUGUACAGAGCAAGAACAAUACGAAGGUAUCUGACGAUUCUUCAUUCGUGUCUGGGAUUACGAAAGGCUCUCAAGCGAAUAACGGGGCGAAUAAAAUUACAUCACAUAAUGACGAUAAAAUAAUCCCACAUACCAAUACCAUCGCUACCCCGAUUUCCCACGCGUCUCCGAAACCCGAGGCGGCGUCUAAUGAAACCGCGCCGCCACACUCGCCGUCUACGCUCGCCUCUGUUACGAGAAUCAAGGCCCCGACCGUCCCGACGACGUUGCACACGUUUACCGUCAUCUCGGAUCAUUAUCUCGGCGAAGGCUUCCCAACGGUUACGAAAGAGUCGUCGAGCUCGUUGGUUACACCGACCUAUGGAGCGAAUUAUCUUAAUUCUCUGCCGACCGAGAUUCAAUCCUCGGCGCCGAUAGAACCGUUACCCACGCAGUUAAUCGACUCCUUCUCGAGUGUAAUAAAUCAAGUUUCGGAAGUGAAACCACCUGUCUUGCCCCUCUCGUCCCCGAUGAACGAAACGCCGGAAAUACCGAUCGCGAAUAUUAAUUACAGUCAGAGGCGCAAUGUGUCCGAGGCGAACAGAGAGAAUGUCAGACCUGUCAUUAAUACGCAAACCUACGUGACCUUUACUACUGAGAUUCCGCCGCGAGACAGCACUACCAAGAUCGAUUAUUCGGUCACUUAUCGGCCUCUCAGUACUCAGGUGAAUGGAGGCUCUGCAAGCACGAUCAACGUUCCCUCGAAUUCUCGGAUUACAGCAUCGACAGCCUCGACUAGAUUUGGCACGAGCAACAGAGUAACGAUCAAUAAUUCAGCCACGACACCAGCUGGACUCAAAUCGACUCAAAUCAAUGCAGCGAUUUCGGGAUCAACAGCAUCCUCGCUCGUGCAUCAAUUCAAGAAGACACAUGCUACAACCGCAGCUUUGCCAGCGGGUCAAACCGAAAGUCCCGCGACUCUUCAGAGUACUGCCAACAGAAUCACACCGCCUGAAAAGACCUCGUCUACUUCAGCAGCGCUUAACGCAAUCAAAACGCAGUCGACAACCGCGUCGAUCGACACAAAUCUAUCUUCGAAUAAGCCUGCGACAACCAAUAAAUAUUUCGACAACACUCUCGCGAGUUUGAAUCUGAGCGAUCCAGUGUCUGCCAUCGAUAAAAUAUUGAGCGUCGCGUCGCUGCCGUCCAGCACCCCUGCGAUCGAGCCGAUCAAUUUACCCGAUAACAUUCAGAAUUUCGUUCUCGAAAAUGCUAGCGAUUUUGCAAGCAGCCUCAUCGCCGGGUUUGCAAAGGACAAUACGACCGUCGAGAAACUUAUCAGCGAUCAAGCAGCUAAGAAUACAUCGAGUCAAUACACGAAGCUUACCCCAGAAUCCAUCGAAAAUAUUAAUAAAAAAUACGAGGAGAUGGUGAGAGUUAAUUUAAACAAUCAGAAGGAAAGAAACGUUACGCAAUCGACGCAAGAGACAUUAGCGGACCCAACUCGAAACGGUACAUUAAUUUACGGUACACUAACACAAACGAAACAGUCGAAUGAUACUUUAGAGCCAACUAAAUUGUCGAGUAAUAACGAGAGACUUGACGACUCUGCGAAAGUACCUUCAUCAUCCCCGGCAAACAAGUUCACAAAUGUCAACGGUGAAUCGAAGGAUAUUAUUAGGCAGAGCGCAACAACCGUGGGAAUCGUUACUGUAAAUCCUGAACAGACGACGAUAACGACGACGGAUGUUGGUAUUCGAUCGCCAGUGAGUUCGAUCAAUAAAACGACGCUUAGUACGAGUAACAACCAGAAGAGAACGGAAAUUAAGGAGAAGGUAAAAGCCCCGACGGAAGCACCCAUUGUGAGAACAGACUUAAAUCCCGAAUUAUCUCAAUUAUCCGUUAAAAUCGCGAAUGAUGCUAAAAAUUCGGGACACGCGGAGAACAGUCCGAAAAUAGAGGUGUUAGACAAAAAGAAUAGUUCCUUUGCGAAUGCUUCGUUAGUAACGUCUGUAACGAAGGAGACCGUAGCGAUUCACUCUAUUAAUGAUUCCAUCUCCGAAUCGAGCUCACAAGUGUAUAGUAACGUUACAACGGACACCUCCAUGUCGAACGUUACGUCUGACAGUGCUAUCGUGUCAAAGAGAAAUUCUACCAAUCCUGCAUUUUCACAGACUCCAAAUCGCGUUACCAGCACAGCUGGCUACAAAGACAAAAAUAAUACUCAAAAUAAAAAGGAUAAUAUUAAUGAGUCUUCUUCUCCAUCGAUCUCAGAGCAUACCGAUAGCUCGAUUAAAGUAAUGCAAGAAUCGACGAAAGACGCAAGUGGGGAGAAGGGGAGCAUUUCCCGGCCUGUCAAUUCCGUCAAUAAUACGUCAAAUCAGCAUGACAAAAAUAUAACGCAGACUACGUCGACGGUCAACGCGUCAAUACAGAACGACGGACAUUUGAAUAACACGGAGAACAAGACCGUGCAGUCUUUGAAAAAUUUCGAGAGUUCGCCGAAACCGGACGUGACACGUUUGCCAGCGUCGACGCCGCCGUCGAAUGUUCCGAUCCGUCAGACGUCGAAGCCUGCGGUCGGUCAUAGACCGUCGUCAGAGAAGUCCGACGUCACGAAGACUGGCGCGGAUGUAAGCGCGGAAGACAAAUGGACGCUUAUAUCGCAACAGACUCCGCCGGCUAUGUCGAAGCUUCCGAAGCCGCCGAAACCGCCGAAGCCGCUGAGGAAACCAGUCAAUCACGUCCAGACGUCGUCGACAUUAUCGCCUUCCAACUCGCCGAACGAUCAGAGCACCCACGUUCGUUCUCCAGGAGUCGAAGCGACGGCGCAUCAGCAAGAACAACAGCAGCAGUCCUCGACGCAAUCAUUUCUACCACUGGACGCGUCUCAGAGCGCGAUCGGCUUAGACGUCACCAUCAGACACACGAGCGCCGAUAUUGUAAACUUCGCCAAGCUGUGCAACGAGUUGGCCUUCAAUUUCUGGGUAGCCACCAAUAAGGGUCUGAGCACCGCGAGAUCGCUGGCGCUGUCGCCGUUCGGCAUGACCAGCUUGCUGGCGAUGAUCUUCCUGGGUGCUCGCGGUCCCACGUCCGAUCAGAUGAACGAGGUACUCGGACUGGACGACGUGGCUACGUUCAAUCCGCACUUGGUCUUCCAGAACAUAACCGACGCGGUCGGUCUAGCCCGUGGUCAGGGUAUCGCGAACGCUGCCUUCGUUCGCGAGCUGUUCGCCGACAAGAUGAAGGUCAGGAAACUCAUGCCCUUCUACAAGGAGCAGGCUCAGCAAUUCUACGAGGGGCUCGUGACUGAGGUGAACUUUGCCACCAUCAGCGAUCUCGUGCGCAGGAGAACGAAUCUGCUGGUCAGGAAGCAGACCGGCGGCAGAAUCAAGGACUUCGUCAAGACGAACACGGUGCCGCUCAGAUCACCUUUGGCGGCGCUCUCCGCCAACGUGUUUCAGACCGAUUGCAACAGCAGCCUGACCAGUUCCAUUGGCAGGGACGGCGAGCUGUACUUUGCCGUCUCGCCGGCUGUCAGACAGAGAAAACUCGUACCGGUUCCGGCUACGACUUGGCGAUCGAGCGUCUUGGCCGGCUAUGAGCCGAGCAUCGACGCUACGGCGGUCGCUCUUGGAGGCACCGACAAAUUAGUUUCGACGAUCUUCGUGUUGCCGGGUCAACAGGGUCACACCGCACCCGGCGACACCCUGGAUCGUCUCGAGCAGCGUCUCGUCAGAAGCGCGUUCCGCGACGGUGCCUGGAACAAGUUGCUUAAGGUUCUGAUACCGAGGCACGGCCUCGAACUGCAAGUGCCCAAAUUCAGUCACAGAUCCGUUGUCAACGCGACCGCCGCCUUGAAGAGGAUGGGCCUCGAUGAGCUCUUCUCGGGUAACGCCGACUUCAAGGGUAUCAAUGGCGUAGGUCACCGUCUUCACUUAGCCGAUGUGUUACAGAUGAAUUUAUUCAGCACCUGCGGCGACGAGAAUAUUCUUAGUGGGCGGCAUCACGUAGAAACGUAUCCCGCGAGUCCAUUGAGAAGAAGCGUCGGCCGACGAAUGGAGGACGACAGUUUCGGUAACAUUGAGGAGGACACAUCGAGAUACGGCGUGUUGCCUCAAGAGGACAAUAUUGAUUCUUACGCAGACCAAUCGCGCACAAAUGUGUACGGAUUCUACAGAGAGGAAAGGCAGCUCUCCGGGUCGUUGGAGAGACCGAGAUUGAAACUUGACAGGCCCUUCUUAUAUUUCGUCCGACACAAUCCUUCUGGUAUAAUACUUCACAUGGGACGUUUCAAUCCACGAUUACUACCCUAAACAAAGAUCUACCAUCCUCCACCGAAUGCCAUUAAUUCGAUCCUGUUCCUUCUAUUCGACAUCUACAUCCACGUAUUCUUGUACGAUCGAGGAAAACGAUCGACUUUCGAUACGAAUUGCUCAAACGAUACGAAUUGCUCGUUCUCUAUGUUAGUCGAACAACUCAACGCGACUCGCUCUUUCUGAUCAACGAAGGUAGGACGUGUACUUGGCAUGUUCUAGAAAAUUUGUAAACAAUUUUACUUAGAGUUAUUAUUACGUAUAUUAGUUUCUUCAUCGUUUUCACGUAGAGAUAAGAGAUUAGCGCGAUAUCUCGCGAUAAUGUUCGCGGCACAUUAAUAUAUGUCAAACGGACUCACGGCAUUGACAUAAAUCUUAUCACUUUAUGUUAUAUUUAGGGAAUGGUUAAACGCAUAAAAAAUAACAGACUGAAGAACGGAGAAAAAAAGUGGUACAAAAGAGAAGGAUCUUAAUCGCGGUCCAAAUGAUCAUCAUCAUUAUUAUUAUUACUAUAUUUUUUUUAUGUACGAGCAAAGUAUGACGAUUAAUACGAUCGACUGCGAGGCGAAUAUUAAACUUUUUAUCGAGUGUCAAUAAUCUAUUUGGACCCUGAUUGACAUAUGCGUCUUUUUUUAAAUACGAUCAACAAUUGUGAUAUGUAACUGAGCGUUGAAUCUUUUUUUUGUACAUUUCCAUAGAAUUAAUCUUUUAGGACACGCGUUCAGUCCACAUGCACGCACAUUGUAUAUGAAAAAUAUUUCAAUGUAUUUUUUCUUGACACAUGGAAACUUACACAUCGAACGGAUGACGUGUUGAAUAAAAGCAACAUCUCCCGUUCGUUCUGUCGUUUUUAAAGGUAAAUUCCAAGCUGACUCUUCGGGCAUUACCGUAUUUGUGAGCAUAAGAUAAGAAAACUGCAUUACGCUAAUAUCGUGCAUACCAUAAAUAAUAGUAUGCGAACUUCUUUCCCAAUACAGACAACUCUGAAACAGCGACUGACAUUCGCAUUGUAAAAUAUAUCGCAAUUUAGAAUAUAUAGCAAAUGGUGAAAAUUA